AUGGAAUGUAGUCCUCUGAUAUCCGUUCUAAGUGAAUCAAAAUGUGAGGCAGAUCGUUCUUUUCAUAUAGCUUCAUUACAACUAACUGAGACAGAAUCUCGUCUAUCCUCCCGAGAGGCCGACCUUCGUGGACAAACUGGUCAAUUGAAAGCCCUUCAGCAGAGUCUUGAUACGGCUGGAGAGGAAUUGACACGUCUCAGGCCGAUGGCUACUAUAGCUGAGGAAAUGGAGAAGGUUAGUGAAGAAAGAAUGAUGUAG